CGUGUUAUCUUUGAAAACGUAGGGUCAGAUGGUCGGUGCUUGAAUCCGCCGUGAAGACAUAAGGAGAACAAGGUGUUAGCGAAAGACAAUAGCAGCAGCACUGGUAAUAAUCCAAGGAGGCAACAACACCCCACAAUAAUUUGCUGAUGGGUUUCAGAAAACUCCUCCUAUAAAGGUCGAAGUCCAACCCCACUGACGGUGUAUAAAGCCUACCCCAGACGGAGUAAUUCCGGAGAUCUUUUCAGAUCUUUUGCGUCCUCGUCAACCCUCAUCAUCGAAAACUUUUUAAUUUUUAAACGAAGAAUCCAAAACAACAAUGUCGAAACAACAUGGUCUAGUUCUCAUAGUCGUCGCCCUUGUGUUUCAAGGCUACUAUGCUUGUGACAGCCAUCCUGAAGAGCAAUUACAAGUGAGCGAACACGAGCCUGAUUACUACCUUAACUAUGUUCGUGAAUUGGUUCCUGACACGUUGCCCUACAGUGAACGCCUUUACUACCAGAACGUUCCAGGUAUUUUUUUAAUAUAUGACAAUUCCUACCGCCAGUUAGAGGGACGAAAUCGUCCCAACAAGCACCAAACCACCGUCAACCCAUUUGAAAAAUACUUCAUCAGAAAAAUCGCCAAUAGUGAUCAACGAAAAAGCCAAGCAGAGAGUCGUUUUAUUCUCGGCAGUUUGCUGAACGCAGCCCUCUUUAACAACCGGUUCCGCCCAGUAAACGCGUUCAGGCCAUCGUUGAGUCGUACGUCUAUUCGCCCAUCUUUGCUGGAAUCUUGCAUAACGCCGAAUGGUGAUGCCGGCGUAUGCACAUCGGGUUCGGUAUGCGCAAUGUUUGGUGGACGGCCUAGCGGCUCCUGCAUCUUGGGAAAAGUUUGCUGCAUAAACGAGAUUAACAGCUGUGGCGGAACUAUUACACUCAACAAUACAUACUGGCAAUCGCCGCCCACUGAAAUACUUGGCUCUACAAUCUGCGCAUUGAACAUCAAAUUAGACAGCAAAUUCCUAGAACAAAUAGCUAAGCCGAUUUGCCAAAUCCGAUUGGAUUUCGUUUCAUUCACCAUCGCACAACCGAUUGCCGGAACAUGCACAGACACUUUUCAAGUUGGUGGGACUUCUACCGCUCCACCCAUCAUUUGCGGUGACAAUAGCGGGCAACACAUGUACCUUGAUGUUCCAUCAACGGACCUUACUUCCUCUGAUAUUCAGCUCACAUUCAAUUUCGCACGGACAGGAACUGCGAGUUCGCGCCUAUGGAACAUCAAAAUCGCACUGCUUCCAUGCGGUGCUCCGUAUCUCGCUCCUGUUGACUGUCUUCAAUAUUUUACAUCACCAUCAGGAAGAGUUAGCUCAUUUAAUUGGAAAGAUGUUCCCGUCACUGCUGUCCGCCAGUUAAACAAUCAAAAUUAUAACGCCUGUUUUAGAACUGAACUGAUUGACCGAAAGAAAGCUACGGAAAUCUGCUUUUCAGUUUGCGCGACAACAAACGCUGGCGCCGGCUUUUCUGUUACCACUAACGCCGCCCUUGCUGGUAAUUCCCUUUUAGGACUCGGAAAUAAUGUUCAAGGCUAUUGCACCUACGACUUUCUUGGCAUCCGUUCUGCAACCGAUUCCAUAACCGGUCUUGCAGGAGAUCGUUUUUGUGGAGAACAUCUUAACACAGCACGAGCGCCUCUUGGUGCAAGCACCAGCAUCCAAUUAUGCACCCCGAUUAAACCCUUUAAGGUUAUUUACGUAACUGAUGGUACCGAAGCGGCAGUUGGUGCACCGGCAUUAGUAGCGACUCCAGCCGACACUAACAAUGUGGGAUUUUGCAUUGACUACCAAGAAAGAGCAAAUUAAACGUAAGCUUACAUUUACAGUUGCUAUACACCAAAUCACUUGUUAGUCGACUGCGUACGCUUCCUGAGGUUAACUACUUUU